UUUUACAAAAUGAGGUACCAAGUGGAAUGAUUGAUAGAUGAGAAAUGCUUGUACGGAGACAAGAAUCAAAUAAGAGGAGGUUUUAUUGAAACGCACAUAAAAUUGAUAUAUUACUUUUUCGAAUAUUCUAAUGUACCUGUAAUUUUUCCAUCGUUACGUCACUGAUGUAUACAUGUAUAUUUUUAGCAAAAUAACCUAUCACAUACAUGUAAAUCACAUGACUGAACUUUUUAAAAAACCUGAUUUUUGACCCCCUUAAUUGAUUUCUACUCAAUAAGAAAUACUAUAUAAAGAGGAGGGCUUAUGCAGGUUUCACUAUCGGACAAAUCUUUUCUACCAAAAACUGCUCUUAUUUUUUCAGUAAAAAAAGUAACAAAAUGUUACAAUUAUUUAAAUUGUUUGCUACUUUCUACUUGGUUUUACAACUUAAUAUCAUUGUCAACGGCGACCAGGAAAAACAAUGUAAAGAACUGUUUGACAUCAUUUUUGUCAUUGACGGGUCCGAUAGUAUCAACAAAGUUGACUACGAAACUCUACGACUUGCCAUGGAAGGAAUGGUAGAUCGUCUUAAUAUUGGGGACGGGAAUGGUCGAAUGGGUAUUGUAGUCUACAGUAGGGACAUAGCCCUCGAAGUCCCUCUAUCGUCUGAUAAGGAUUAUCUGAAAAACCAGGCCCGAAAUAUGCCCCACCCGAGGGACGGAACAAACACGGACCUUGGGAUAGAGAAAAUGAGGAAACUGUUUGAGGUGGCACGAAUCGACGUCCCGUUGAUUGGAAUUGUUGUGACAGAUGGAAUUUCCAAACAUCCCCAAAAAACGGCCAGACAAGCAGCUCUUGCUAAAGAAUUUGGCGUCAACAUGUACUCUGUAGGUGUCACAUACUUAACAGACAUUGAAGAACUGGAAGACAUUGCAUCAGAGAAAUCUCAGGUGCUCACUGUUGAAUCUUUUGACAUGUUGGCAAGGAAUCUGGAAGCCAUUGUUAAGCUGGUUUGUCCGACAACAACAACCACCACCACGACAACAACCACCACCACAACAACGACGACGACAACAACACCAGCACCAACAACGACAACAACACCGACAACAACGACAACUACUCCUACAACGACAACAACUCCAACAACCACCACUACAACACCAACAACAACUCCUACAACACCGACAACAACCAAACCGGGUCCUGAUCCAAGAAUAUGUAAUUACUGCAAAAUGAAAAAGGGAGUUGGAUUUCUGAAGCAUCCAGAAGACUGUGACAAAUACGUGGAGUGUUAUUUUGGAAAAAAUGGUAAAACUGAAGCAGAAUACAGACAGUGUCCAUUUGGAAUGUACUGGGAUCAAGAAGAAAUUAAAUGUAGAGCGUCUGCGGAAGUACAGUGUCCAAAAGAUAAAUGUUCCAUUCCAAGCAUUGUAUCUUAUCCAUUUGGUAACAUGGAGAACUGCAAAGCCCAUUGGGUGUGUAGUCAUGGUAAAUCAGUCCCAAUGUGUUGCCCAGAGGGCCAAGGAUAUGUUCCAUUCAAAGGCUGCGUUCCUCAGUCCAACUGUAAAGAUAUUUGUCCUCUUGAGAAAAAAGAAGAAUGUAAUAAAAGAAUGACGUGGGACGAACUAGACAAGUAUGAGGAGUUCUUCUAUGGUUAUGGUUGGGUGAAAAAGUGCUGUAAACCUGGACAUAUUUUUGACAGUGAUUCUUGCCAUUGCAUUCCACUUCACAAUGGAAAAGGUUACGAGAUGGAUAACGAUAAACAAAAAGUUUGCAGAGCUGUUGUUCAUAUUCCUUUUGACAACAACUGCUUGGAUAAGUCUGGAAACCAGGUGAUUGUAGAAAAUCACAACGUCCAGUUGCUAGGAAAUGGUUUGGGUUACUUUGAUGGUAACGCCAAGUUAGUUAUUCCCAGAUUCCCCGAAAUGCAGUCGGCGUCUACCUUUGUAAUUAAGAUGCGUUAUCUAGAUGCACCGACUAAACACAUGCAGGGGCUAUUAAGUAACGGCGACUGUGAGAGGGAACAACCGACCAUGUUUAUGGUCAAAGGGCGAGCUGGUGUGAACUUCAUGGCAGAGAGUGCGAAGAAUAAAUUUACAACUUUUCAUUUACCUGCAAAGCCAUCGUGUUGGAAUGAAGCCUACUUUAUCCACGACUUCAAUACUAUGGAAGGCUACAUAAAUGGCAAGAGCUGUAAAAGAUGGACUUACGGACCAAUCAAAAUGGCGCAAGGGGGUCUGAAUAUUGGAGCUGUUAGAGGAUUCCAGAACUUCCAAGGCUUCAUGGAUUACGUCACAAUCUACUAUUGUCAAGAAGAAAAACCCAUGUAUAAGUGAGAACAAACAACUUGAAAUCCACAAGCAUUCCUGUGAUAUUGACAUUAGUCAUACUUUAUUAUAUUCAUGUUUCAUGUAUUUCAAACAUGUUUGAAUUAUUUAUAUUGUUAUGGAACGCAUAAUAUAUAUUUGUAGCCAUUGAGUGGCACCUAAAGCUUAAGUUAUAUGUUGCUCAUUUUUUUGUCUGAUAUAUAGUCAUGUUUAAAAUUAAGACCUACUAAGAUUUCUUUUGACUGAUCUUUAUUUUGAUGUAUUUAAAAUGGCUUUGGAAUUAACGACCCAUAUAUUAUUGUAAAUCCUAAAAAUACGUAUUAUAUGUGAUGCAGUCUUUGAUUUAUAAGGAUCUGCAUUUGUUUUAUUCUAACAUCUGUAGUUCAAUAGAAAAGCAUAUAUUUAACAUCCUUUGGUAAUUAUUUGCAAACGAAAUGACACUAAAUUUUGGGUAAGUGUAUUCGUGUAAUUAUGUAAAAACUGAA